AUGGAUUCUUCCAUAUCUUUAAAGGAAUCACAAUUAAUACAUCAACCACCACCUCCACAACAACCACAAUUACCACUCUCACCUCAACAUCAACCUCAACACCUAUAUAAUCAAACUGAACCAUUUCAAGUUCUUCCAAUAGUUCAACCAACAACAACCAAUUUAGAUAUUAAUAAUCAGCAUAAUCAUCAUUUAGAAAAAGAUAGUAAUAUUAAUAAUUGUACGAAUAAUAUUAAUAAUAGUAAUAAUCAUUUAGUUCAAUCAAUAAGUAAAAGUCUGAAUAGAGAAGAGUCGAUCAGUUCAUUUACACCGUUCUCAUCAUCAUCGUCCUACUCUGAUUUCUCAAAUAUAUCAAGCGGAACAGGAAACUCUGAAAUAUUAUCAAUGGGUACCAUAUACACUGGUGACAACGGUGGUGUCGUUGUCGAUUUUUCUGGUAGAGACUUUACAAAGAUUCCAAACAAAUUACCAUGUGAAAAAGAUAAAGUAGAGUCACUUGUUUGUAGUAACAAUCGUAUAUUAUCAAUUCCAGAUGAAUUCUUUCAGAAUUUUCAAUUAUUAACUUCAUUAAAUUUGGAAAAGAACAAAUUUAAAAAACUACCCAAAUCAUUUAAGAAAUUACAAUCAUUACAAAUAUUAAAAUUAGGUAGAAAUAAAUUUAAAAAGUUUCCAAAAUCAAUUUUAAAUAUAAGUACUAUUCAAUCAUUGGAUUUGUCAGAUAAUAUGAUCACUUCGAUUCCAAAAGAGAUCAAUCAAAUGGUACAGCUUAAAGAACUUUAUUUAUCAAACAAUGAAAUCGAUAUCAUUCCAGUUCAAAUUUCAGAGCUGACAUUGUUUAUUCUCGAGUUGUAUGGAAACCCAGUGGUGUUACCUCCGAUGGAAGUAGUCGAGCUUGGUAUCGAGGCAAUCGUCGAUUAUCUAAUGGAUGAAUCGAAUUCACGUGCAAUCAAAUCGUUGGUCACUUUCGAGACUCAGAGACAACGACAUCAAUCUCUGCCAAUUGGUGCUGGUGGAGGUAGUCUCUACCAACCAAUCAGUUUAAAAUCCAUAUCAUCCGAAGAUCUAGCUGGUACUGCCAAUGGUUCCACUAAUAUUAAUAACACCAAUUUAAUGUACACAAGAAAGAAUACGAUGUAUACAACUACAAUUUCCACCAACAACAACAGUAAUAAUAAUAAUAGUAACAGUAUGAGUCUCAAUGUUCCAUCUUUAUCAACACCAAAAAGAUCGAAUAGUGAAUUCGUACCAUUUAAAUUCCCACCAAAACAACAUAGCAAUGAGCGUUUGUUCAACUCCAAUGGCAACUCUGUAGUGAUACAGGCAUCGCCCACUGCUAUCACCAAUACUUACUAUACACCCAAGAGAAUCAAACCCAAGCCCAAACCACACUUAAAGCUAUCGUUGAGAGAUUCAACCAAGUCUAUGAUGGAGAUUCAGUACGACGGCAAGAAUAAAGUGAUAUCGCCAACAACCCUGUCACCACCACUCAACUCAAUUUCCAUACCAGCAUUGGCUACUCCCACUCCAACAACUACAACAACGACAUCACCUAAAUCACCAUUGUCAGACAGAGAAAAAGAUCCAUCUCCAGUUAUUUCACCUCGCUGGAGUUCAAUGUCAUCGCUUGUUCUUGGAAACAGUUUCAUCGAUCAACAGAAGCGUGAGGAGAAGCAGUUGGCAAAGAAAGAAAAGGCCGAUCUCAAAAAGAAGAAACGUGACGAGGAGAAGCGUGAAAAGAAAGAAAAGAAAGCCGAAAAGAAGUUGGAGAAACAACUCAAGAAGGAGUCAGCCGAGUUUACCAAUGGCUCUAGAAGACACACAAUUGCAACAACCACCGAAAUUCCAAUAAUAAUCGAACAACAACAGCUAAAUAAUGAGAUGAUAGUCACUGAAACCAUAUCAAUUUCCGAAAGUUUCAAUUCUCACACUGCCUACGAUAGUGGUACUAUGACAUCAACUUCCUCCUCUAUUAUCAACCAACAACAAUUGGCAGAGGAACAAUCACAACUCUCCGAUAUAUCUUCACACUCCAAUGUAUCGUCUCCUCCACUUUCACCAAACUUGGUUGCAUCCUCUUCAAUUGCCGCAACAACACUUACUCCAACUUCACUAACAUUAUCAAAACAACAUAAUCAUCAACAACAUGAUUCCAAUGCUGUUCCAACAUUAACACAUCAAUCUUCACAAAUGUCACUGACAAGCAGUGUAAACAAAAUUAAAGUUCCACCUCAGAGACCUCAUGUGCUCCAAAAGAUGGCGACCGUAUUGAAUCUUACCAGACCACUUGUUUCCAAACCCGUUGCCACUCCACUCCAAACGAUCAACAGUAAAGCUGACAAUGAAUCCACCACCACCAACGGUAAUGAUAGCCUCUCACCAUCACAACAAAUCUCGCCACAAAAUACAAUCAAAAAUGAUGAAAGUGUUUCGGAUGUUUUUGAUCAAAGUAGCGGUCGAAGAGAAAGAAGAGGAACCAUCGCCUCUGAAAUGGAUUUGAAACAGUAUCUCAAAGUUUUAAACAAUUCCAAGCCACUUCCACCACUCGCUGAACUACUCCUCGACCAAGAUGGCAAAGAUUGUCUUCGUGCAUUCCUAACAACCGAAUUCUCUGUUGAGAAUUUAGAUUGUUGGACAAGAAUCGAAAACUAUAAAUCUUUAGAUUCCACAAGUAAAAAUACCGAAUGUCCGAAAAUAUUUAAUCAAUAUAUAACUGAAAGAUCAAGCAAUCAGGUGAAUCUUCCAAGAAGUUGUGUAAAGAAAAUAGAGGAAUCAAUGAUCAACAAAGAUGAGAAUGGAAUGAUCGCCAAUUUAGAUACAAUCUUUAAUGAUGCCCAGCAGCAUAUCUUUAUAUUGAUGGAGACCGACAGUUAUGAAAGAUUCAAGAAAUCUAAUAUUCAAUAA